UCUGGCGAUUAUUAUGUGGGAAAUUGCAGCAGGUGUACCACCUUAUAUGAAUAAAAAACAUGAUAUUGAUUUAGCAUCAGCUAUCGUUAAAGGAAUGCGCCCCAAAAUAGAUCUUAAUAUUCCACAAGAAUAUGCGACUCUAAUGGAGCAAUGCUGGAAUGCAAUUCCAGAAAAUAGACCUGACGUCUUAACGGUUUGGAAAAAAAUUCGAGAACUUAGAAUGAAACUUAUUGAGGCUAAAGAUAAUGGAAUGUUGGAGGAAGAUUUUCUUGGAAUACAUCCAAGCUCUAACAAAUUAGUAAAGGACAAAAUUGUAUCAAGAAGAUGUUUUAGUGGUAUUCACACUUUGACAAAUAUUUCAGAACCAAAGAAUGCCUCAAGAGGUUGA